UAAACCAAAACCCGAGCCCGAAAACCCGAAACAAAAUAUAAAACGGUAAGGUUUCUAGGGUUUUUCUUCUCUUCUGCUCCCCAAUUAAUUAUCACAACUCCGGCGCCUCUAUCUCACAGCUUCUUCUCGCUUCAAUCAUGAUCAUAACGGAGAAGAAUCGCCGUGAAAUCUCGAAGUACCUCUUUCAAGAGGGCGUAUGCUAUGCGAAGAAAGACUACAAUUUGGCAAAGCACCCUGAUAUUGAUGUGCCGAACCUGCAAGUGAUUAAGUUAAUGCAGAGCUUCAAAUCAAAGGAGUAUGUUCGGGAGACAUUCGCUUGGAUGCACUACUACUGGUACCUUACUAAUGAUGGGAUUGAGUUCCUCAGGACUUAUCUUAACCUUCCAUCAGACAUUGUGCCUUCUACUUUGAAGAAGUCUGCUAGGCCACUUGGCCGGCCCAUGGGUGGCCCACCUGGUGAUCGCCCACGUGGCCCUCCAAGAUUUGAAGGAGAGAGACCAAGGUUUGGUGAUAGGGAUGGAUAUCGUGCUGGACCAAGAGGGCCUCCUGGUGAAUUUGGCGGUGAGAAGGGAGGAGCUCCAGCUGAUUAUCAGCCUGCUUUCAGGGGUUCUGGAAGGGGAGGAUUUGGACGUGGCUCAGGAGGUUUUGGAGGAGCCCCACCUAGUUGAAGUUUUUCUUCAUAUGCCUGAGUUUUAACGAGUUAGGGAUUGGUUCAAACAGUUUAUGAACUCCUUUCUAAGAAUAUAUGAGUUUAUCUCUUGACAAUUAAUAGGGUUUCAUGUCAUGUUGGGCUGAUAUUUUUUGUCUUAAUUAAAUAUUACAUGUUCCAAAUCUUUUGACAUAAAUUGAUUUGCUUUGUUGUU